AUGAAUCAAGUUGAUGAUUAUGAUUACUUCUGUCAUAGUUGUGAAGAUGUAAAAAGAACUAGUGAUGUUGAAAUUAUUUACAAUGGUGAGAUCAAAUGUAAGGGUUGUAACAACGUAGGGUUUGUUGAAAAAAUUGAUGAAGAUGACCCUUUGAGUUUUCAUUCAUUACAUACUAGUAGGGAUGUAGGAGAAAGUCGAAGUGGGCCGAAUAGCAGAAAUGAUAAUAAUAGUAAUAAUAAUAGUAAUAAUGAUAGUAACAAUAAUAGUAAUAAUACAAAUAGUAGACAUUAUAGUUAUAGAAAUAUGAACAAUUUUGGUUAUCGUACCAAUAUACCAACAAGAAGUCGAAGAAAUAACCAUAGCAAUAAUAAUAAUAAUAAUAAUGAUGAUGAUGGUAGUAAUAACAAUCGUCACAAUAGUAGUAAUAGUAAUAAUAAUAAUAAUAAUAAUAAUACUAGAAGUAGUCAUGUACGAGGAGAACAUGAUAAUUUUUUUAACGAUUUUAUGUUAUUUAGAAAUAUGUACCAACAAAUAUUUAAUCCUUCCUUUCGAGCUGCAGAUGCAGAAGUACAUUUUACAGCAGCGGUAGGUUCCUCAAACAAUUCUAAUGAUAUUAAUAGACAUAAUAAUAAUAGAAAUAAUAGCACCAGCAAUACCAAUAAUAAUAAUAAUAAUAAUAAUAAUAAUAAUAACAACAACAACAAUAAUAACAAUAAUAAUAAUAAUAUGGGUAAUAGAAAUUCUAGUCGUAAUAAUGAAAAUACGAACGAAACUAAUGAAAAUGAGACUAGCCAAAAUGAUAAUAGAAAUAGAAAUAUAUUUGGAAGGACCUAUAGUUAUAAUAGGAAUACAAGAAAUCCACGAAUAAUAACUAGAGCUAUCGAUAUAACUAAUAUACCAUUUAAUUCUCCAGGACGUUUUAAUUUCCAUGAUUUAAUAGAUAACAUGUUUGCGAAUACUUUUGAUAAUAUAUCUUUAGAUCAAGUGUUAACAAUAAUUAUGGAGAGUGACCCAUCUCGAAAUGGUCCUCCGCCAGCUUCAGAAGAAGUUAUUAAGAAUUUGAAAGUAGAAACAUUAACAGAGGAGAGAGCAAAGGAAUUAGAAUCAUGUGCAAUAUGUAGAGAGGAAUAUAAAGAAAAUGAUGAAGUGCAUAGAAUUACAGACAAUGAGCGAUGUAGACAUGUCUUUCAUUGUUCUUGUAUUAUACCUUGGUUAAAGGAAAGAAACUCAUGUCCUACCUGUAGAUUUGAGUUACCUACGGAUGAUCAGGAGUAUAAUUGUAAGAGGGAGGAAUUGAGGGAAAGAUUGAAUUCUGAAAUGUCUCGAAAUAAUACCUACAAUAGUACUGAUAAUAAUAAUGAUAAUAAUAAUGAUAAUAAUAAUAAUAAUGAUAAUAAUAAUGAUAAUAAUAAUGAUAAUAAUAAUAACAAUAAUAAUGAUAAAAGUAAUAACAAUAAUAAUGAUAAUAAUAAUAAUACUGAUAAUAAUAAUAAUAAUAAUAAUAGCAAUAAUAAUAACGGCAAUAAUAAUAACAGCAAUAAUAAUAAUAGUCGUAGACAUAAUGCCGAUGAAGCGAAUUAUAAUACCUUAGGAGAUGACUACGAUAUUAAUAUAUUAGACUCUUUUACAAAUGAACAAACGACUUCAAUAUUACAACAAGUUUUUAAUAGUUUUUUAUCAGGAAGCAACGAUACUUAUAGAAUAGAUAGAAUUUAUUUAUCCCCAGAUAAUUAUUUUAGUUACAGUACUAAUAGAAAUAGAAACAAUAUAAAUGAUGAGAAUGUGGAAGUAAUUCAAGUUGAAGAAACCCGUUCGGAUUAUAAUGAAUCACAUGACGAAACGAAUGAAAAUAAUGAAAAGGAAGAAAUAAAUAGGGAGGAAGGAAAUGAAGAAGAGAAAAGAAGUAAGAGGAAGAAAACAAAUGAUUAUGAUGAUAAUAAGGAUGUUUAUAAUAGUGCAAGUGGUAGUAAUAGUAAUAAUAGUAAUAAUAGUAAUAAUAAUAAUAAUAAUAAUAAAGGGAAUGAAAAAAAUGAGCGUAAUGAAGAUAUGUAUAAUGUAUCUAGUGGUAGCAAUAAUAAUAGAAAUUCAUCUUCUAGAUCAAAUUAUUAUAACAAUAGAUAUCGUUAUAAUAAUUAUCGACGUAGCAAUAGACGUAAUAUGGAUCAAGAUUAUUUUAAUAUACAAGAUGAUGAAGUAGAGGAAGAAAAUUAUUAUUAUUGUACCCCUCCAAACGAAACAAUUAAAAAUAAUACAAGAGGACAAAGAAAUAAUGACACAGACAAUGUAAGAAAUAACAACAAUAAUAAUGAUAAACAUAAUGAUAAUAAACAUAAUGAUAACAAAAAUAAUGAUAAUGAUAAUAACACAAGACGUAGAAAUAAUUAUUAUGAUAAUAAUUCAUAUAAUAAUCCAUCUUAUUUACAUGAAAAUGUUUUCGAUACAUCUAAUGUGUACGUAAUAAGUGAAAGAACCCAUUCGAAUGAUAGAAGCAACGAUAGUAACACGAGAACUAUAUCACAGCUAUAUUUAACUGAUUUAAGUGAUGUUUUUGCUAAUUUUAAUUAUAGUUGUAAUUUUAAUGAUGACCAAUAUAUUAUAAAUAAUGAAGAUGAUCAUACGAAAGAUCAUGAUGGAAAAGAUGAACAAGAAGGAGAAAAAGAAAAAACAAAGAAUGUAAAUUCUGAUCAUGUGGAAUCCAAUAUAAAUGAUACAGGAGUAUCUUUAGGUGGCCCAAAAGAAAAAAAAAACAAUGAUAAGAAUGAACAUCAUGUAAAAGAGAAAAGGGCAUCCUUCGAAAUAAAUUCUGGUAAGACCAGUACAACUAAAAAGAAUGAAAAGAGAUUAUAUGAAAAGGUUAAUAAUACUACAUAUAGUAAUGCGAGUAAUAGUAACAAUAGUACAAGGAGAAGUAGAGAUAGUGAUAAUGAGAAAGAGGGAAGUAGAAAAAAAUCAAAGAAUUAUAAAAAUGAAGAGGAAUACAGACAAAGCAUUAAAAAUAAUAAUAAUAAUAAUAAUAAUGAAGAUAGAAGAAAUAAUAACACAAGCUGUAGUUAUAAAUAUAAUAACAAUACAGACAAUGCUCAUAAUCACAAUCCUUCCGAUGUGGUUAAUAAUAAUGAAUCAAACGAAGAACAGAGGAAUACUACCAAAAGACAAAGUACUGUGAAAAAAUACCUUUUCGAUAAGUUCAAUUGGUUAAAAAGUUAUGAUAAUAAAGAUAAAAAAAAAAAUGAAAAAAAUCAAGAUUCAAAUAAUAAAAGUGAUGAAAAUGAUACGGAACAUAAUCAAAAUGAUGAUAAUGCUACAGGUAUGUCGAAAGAAAAUAAUGACGAUCAUACAUCACUUUUGUAA